AUGAAACUGCUUCAAGUGGCCGUCCUUUGCCUUCUGACCAGCGUUGGCAGCAGUGAAGAUAACCAAGUUGUUGAAACUUCAACCAGUCCUGUAUUAAAAUCACCAACAAUUUCUGCAGCAAAAACAUUUGGACCAACACCAGUUAUAACAACAUCACUAAAUCUUGCUGUGCAAUUAACAGCUGGAACAUCUCCCAAAGGAACGACCAACAAGGAAUCCUUACAAACACCUCUGCCGCCAACACUUGCUUCAUUAACCACGACAGUUAAAGGUGAAGAAGCCACAACCAACAAUGUGACAAAGAAAGAGAAAGAGUUGACUACAAAAAGUGCAACAGUGACAGAUCUUCCACUUCCAAAAGAUGUUUCCACAUUACCAAGUUCCCAAAACAAGACUGAAAAUCAGAGUUUAGCCAAUACAACAGAAAGACCAGUUAGCACUUCACAACCAGAUGCCUCACCUUCUAAAACCAGUAUAUUGCUCUCAAUAUCAACAGCACCUGCAGAAAACAUCACACAAUCUCAAGGCACUGAAAGUGAAAAAAAUAAUGCAAGCCCCUCUUCAAGCAGCUCCUCUCAUUCCAGUAUUAUUCUGCCAGUGGUUAUUGCUCUAAUUGUAAUAACACUUUCAGUAUUUGCUCUGGUGGGUUUGUAUCGACUGUGCAGGAAGACAGACCCAGGCACAGCAGAAAAUGGGAAUGACCAACCUCAGUCCGAUAAAGAGAGUGUGAAGCUCCUCACUGUGAAGACAAUUUCUCAUGAGUCGGGUGAGCGCUCUGCACAAGGAAAAAACAAAAACUGA